AUGGAAGAGUAAGUGUACAUAUCUGAGGAGGGAAUGAAACACAUUCUAUAAGUAUUUGAUCCAAAAGACCCUCAUAAAAAUAUAUUAUGGACUACUAAUUAUAGAAUGGAGUUGCCUUUAAGAGUAAGAAAAUCAGGAGCAGGAAGUGAAGUACCAAUAACUCUUCCGGAACAAUUUAAAAUGGAUUGCACUUAAUUUGCAAAGCAACCAGCUUUAAGUGUAAAGAGGAAUAAUAAAUGGUAAUAUUGUAUAAUUGAUAUAUGAUUAGGAUAACAAGAACAUAUUAAGAUUAUUAUAAUGAAUCAUUAUAAUUUGCAAAGGCAUUGAUAGCAUAUGGAAUAAGUGAGAUGAGUGCAGUUAAUAUAAUUGGUUUCAAUGCUCCUGAAUGGUUCAUCUCUUUCAUGGGUAGUAUACAUUCUCACAAUUUACCAGUUGGUAUUUAUACAACGUAAAAUCUUAAUAUAAUAUAAUAGUAAUAAUCCAGAUGCUUGUUUUUAUGUAUCAGAACAUUCAGAAUGUGAACUUGUAGUAGUAGAUACAAGAGAAUAAUUAAAUAAAUAUUUAUAAAUAUGGGAUAAAUUACCAAAACUAAAAGGUGUAGUAAUGUAUAAUGAUGAUAUACCAAAAGAUGGAAUUAGUGAAUAAAGAAGAUCAUAAAUAUUUAAAUGGAAAGAUUUUUUAGAAUUUGGAAAGAAACCAGAAUUAUUAAAUUAAGUAAUAGAAAGAGUUUCAAAAUUACGUCCUGGAAAUUGUGUAACAUUGAUUUACACAUCAGGUACAACUGGAAAUCCUAAAGGUGUUAUGUUAUCUCAUGAUAAUUACAUUUUUACAGUAACAUAAUAAAGAAAGAAAUAUUAAUUUGCAGAUAAUGAAGUGAUGAGAAUUGUGAGUUAUCUUCCAUUAAGUCAUGUUGCAGGAUAAUUGAUUGAUAUAAUUGGAAGUUGUCGUUGGGGUGCACAUAUUUAUUUUGCUAAUCCAGAUGCUUUAUCUGGUUCUUUAAUUAAUACUCUUAAGGAAGUAAGACCAACUGUUUUCUUUAGUGUACCAAGAGUAUGGGAAAAGAUAUAUGAUUAAAUGUAAUUGGUUGCCAAAUCUAAUGGAGCAAUCAAAACAAAGAUUGCAACAUGGGCCAAAUCUAUUGGAAAAGAGGGAACUUUUGCUUAAACUCAUGGAUUAAAACCUCCUUUAUGUUUUGGAUUGGCUGAUAAAUUAGUUUAUAGUAAUGUUAAAAAAGCAUUGGGAUUAGAUUAAGCUAAAUAUAUGAUUUUUGGUGCAGCUCCUUUAUCACCUGUUAUAAGAGAGUAUUUCUUAACUUUGAAUAUGUAUUUAAUCAAUGCUUACGGAAUGAGUGAAUGUGGAGGUGUUACAACUUUAGCAGAUCCUUUACACUUUGAUAAAUUUGAUGGUUUCUUUAUGAAUAGUACUGGAAAGACUAUGGAAGGAACAGAAUUGAAAAUAGAUUAACCAGAUUAAGAUGGAAAUGGAGAGAUAUGUUAUAGAGGAAGACAUAUCUUUAUGGGAUACUUUAAAGAUGAAGAAUCCACUAGAAAUACUAUUGAUAAGGAUAGAUGGUUACAUUCUGGUGAUAUAGGUAAAUUAGAUAAUAAGGGUAAUCUAACUAUUACUGGAAGAAUUAAAGAAUUAAUUAUUACUGCAGGUGGAGAAAAUGUGGCACCUGUUUUGAUUGAAAAUGAAGUCAAAAAGACAAUUCCUAUAAUAUCUAAUUGUAUGGUUAUUGGUGAUAAAAGAAAAUAUUUAACAAUUUUAUUAACUUUAAAAUAUUAAUUACAAUCUGAUGGAACGUAAUAUUUAUUUUAUAAUAAUAUUUAGACCAACUAAUAAAUUACUUGAUGAUGUUAUUUAAGUUUUCUAAUAACUUGGUUCAAAAGCAGUGACUUUCGAAGAAGCUAAGAAUGACCCAAUCAUUACAAAUUAUUUAUAAAAACUUAUAGAUGAUGCAAAUACCAGGUAAUCAUUUUUAGAGUCAUUUCCAAAGCCUAAUAUAUUAGAAAGUGGACACUUAUUCCUAGUGAUUUUAGUGUUGAUGGAGGAGAAUUGACUCCAACUCUCAAAUUAAAAAGAAGAGUAGUUGAAUAAAAGUGGAUUAAUGAAAUUGAGAAAAUGUACUAAGAUGC